CAAACUCUCACUCCGUUGAAGGAAAGGAACGGCCAGGAAAACAUGCCUCCAAAAUCCCACAGACCAGGUCUCCCCCGCACGCAUUCCCGCACGUCUUCGACGGGCUCUUCGUCUAGAGCGGGGGCGUUCGGUAAUCUACAGUUGACGCAGAAGGAGCCGGGGCCGAGCAACAAUGUGAAUGCGAAUGGGAAUUUGAACGGUGGUGGCAAGGUUGAUAAAGCAAGACGGAAUGGCCAUGCUCAUGCUCAUGAUGCAAGCGUAGUCCAUCUCAGAACCUCGAACAGUGCCCAGCGCAUCCACUCCCGCGAGCACAUCGCCAACGCCCCUCCCAAACGCGCGCCCCUCGCCGCCCACCUCCACACCAUCACCACCAACAACACCACCAACAACACUACUAAUGCCCAUGGACGUCCGCCCACCAACGGGAGACACAAAGCCGGCUUCACACUCGCCAGCACCGGUUCCGCGAGCGACGAUGACGACGCGUGGGUAUCGAGCGAAAGCGGCGCUGCGACGCCUGAUCGGAAUGCUAGCGCCGGUUCGGAUGGUGAAGAGGAAGAUGAUGAUGAGGAGGAGGAGGAUGAUGAGCAGGUCACGACGCCGCUUGAGAGGAGUAGGCGGAAUGCUGCGAUGAUGAAUGAUGCGAUUAAUGAGAAGGUGCCGGGGACACCGAGAGGCGUGGGGUCACCACCAACGCCUACGACUGAGCGCGGAGAACCUAGCGUUGUGUUUCCGAAUACUACUGCAAAUGUGGCUCCUAUUCCUGAUCAACAACUCCUGCCCCCCCGUGAAGAGCCAGCUCGUCGCGUGUCGGAUCUUCAGCAGAGGCCUCAACCGCCACAGUCAUCCGAGCCAGACAGCAAGCCUACGAAUGGGAAGACUACCUCCUCUCCUCCGUCACCGCAGGUCCCAGAUAACACGCGAGCCAACCGACAUUCGUACCACGCCAGCACCCGACCGCCAUUCACGCGUGCUCCCUCGACACAUUCCACACGCUCCGUGACGUCCGCCAAAGACCCACACGCACAUCUCCGCCCCCAUCCACUCAUUCGCGGGCAGUCCUACGGGCACGCACAUCUCGCACCCUUGACGAUCACCUCCGACCCCGCUCGCGCACAGCUUUCAGCGUCUCCUUCGCCCCCACGGUCCCGCGUCGCUUCGGAUUCUGUAUCAUCUUCGCCGACGAGUAUCAAGACUUCGCGCGCUUCGCCUGUCGUUACGUCGCCCUCGAACAAUCCCUACCGCCGCGACUCUGUCUCUUCCGCCAGAUCAGUCGCGACGCUCCCCGUCCAACCUCUCACCUCCCUCGCUUCCGCCUCCUUCGAAACUUCGAACGGCGGCUCUUCUUCCUCCAAUCGCCCCACACACGACCGUACACGAACGCUUUCCACCCUCUCCACGUCCUCAUCCAUGACCGCGCUCUCCUCGCUCGCUCAUAUCCCCGGAACGGGCUCAUCAUCGAAACACCAUCAGCAGCAGUCGGCCCAGCAGUAUGUGAUUUCGCAUUUCCCGAAACAGGGACGGGAUGAGGGCCCGGAGUGGAUACAUCCGCUUUUGCCGGCACCGUAUAUCGCGCCGCAUGUGUCGUUGUUGGCAUAUCGGAAUCCGAUUGGGGAUUCGUUUGAGACGGUGUCGAGGGCGAAGAUGAGGGUGGGGAGGCGGUAGUGCGGUAGUGCGGUCUAUUGAGGUGUGGGUGGUGUGAUUUGCAAGUUUGUUUGUGCUUUGUGCUUUUAUUUUCUACCGUUCUGCGUACAUAUUUGCUCCGGGCGACACCCCCCCCCCUCCAUAAGCCCGUAAUUUGGCUUCUUCCCUUCUGCACCUAUCGCAUCCAUACAGUCCCGAUUUUUCUUUCCUUUUUCUUUCUGCUCUCUCUCUCUAUCCCGUCUACAAUUGCCCUUUGCCGCACACAUACUGCUCCGGACAUCC